AUGUUGAAUAACACAACGCUCGUGGAUAUACAAAAUUAUAAAUGUAGUCAUAGAACUACCACUGCAUGCGGAGACUAUACAUUUGGAUUUCAAUGUGAAGAUAGCGCAUAUCUAACUAUACCGAGUUAUUAUCAUUGCAGUUUGAAUAUUGACAUACAAAAUGAAACAUCUUAUUCUUGUAACAGGUGUUUCAAUAGCACAUUGAGUAUUUACCGCAACAAUUCACUUUGUGACGUCGACUUUAAAUUGAACAUAUUGUCAGUUGCAUUUGAAAGUGCUUUAAAGGACUUAUGGCUUAGUCUUCCGGUGCUUCCGUUUUGCCAUUGGGACCAGUUAACUUGUUUUCACAAUUAUAUAGAUCGCAAUUAUAGUGAAAGCAAUUCAUCAGAACUCUUACAUUGUAAAUGGAGGUUCAAAAAUGAUUCCUUACAGUCCACUACGAGAAUCGAGUACGAUUGGAGCUUUUUAUUUGUAAUAAUAUUUAUAAUAGCGGGUGGAGUCGGUAAUAUUCUGGUUUGCUUGGCUGUGUGUUUGGAUAAAAGACUACAAAACGUAACAAAUUAUUUUUUGUUGUCAUUAGCAAUUGCUGACUUACUUGUCAGCUUAUUCGUGAUGCCAAUGGGGGCAAUACCAGGAUUUCUGGGUCAUUGGCCACUUGGCGUGGUUUGGUGCAACGUGUAUGUGACGUGUGACGUGCUCGCAUGUUCCGCUAGCAUCAUGCAUAUGUGCUUCAUCAGCAUCGGCAGAUAUGUGGGAAUUCGUAACCCUCUAAAGAGUCGUCACCAUUCCACUAAGAGAGUUGUCAUAAUAAAAAUAGCACUGGUGUGGCUCCUAAGUAUGACAGUGUCGAGUUCUAUAACAAUAUUGGGUUUAAUAAACAAUAAAAAUAUAAUGCCCAAUCAAAGGAUAUGUGUUAUCAACAACAGGCUUUUCUGGAUAUUCGGCUCACUCGUCGCUUUCUAUAUACCGAUGUUGACAAUGGUAGUUUCAUUUGCACUGACGGUCCACCUAUUGAAGAGACAAGCCAAAAUGGUAGCUGCGCCAGUAACUGGGGCCACUCAAAGAAGAUUACGUGGUUAUAACACUGGACAAAAUAUACGACGGAUCGGAGCCAGAAGUUCACCCAAUCUGUCGACAAGCCGAUCAGUAUCGAGGCAGACUAUUUGGAGGCUAUCAGGAGCAAGCCGUCAUGAAAGUAAGACGAUGGGUGUAAGUGUUUCCCAUCCCGAACUGAGUUACUUAAACGGCGCAAAAACAAUAAGGAGUAAAAGAGCGCGUAACGUUAGCACCCAGACUCCGCCCAAUAUUGGUGUUGAAACCAGAAAGGCUAGGACCAGACCACCGAAACUUAUACAUGCUCCAAAUCCAUUGACAUUAAGAUUUCUACCUUAUCGGAAAAAGGACCGCGCCAUGAGCGCUAAUGCGGUGGCAAAUGAACAAAAAGCCACUAAAGUGCUCGGCUUGGUAUUUUUUACAUUCGUGUUAUGUUGGGCUCCAUUUUUCCUACUAAAUAUAUUAUUUGCUUCUUGUCCAAGUUGUUCUGUUCCGGACCACGUGGUAGACGUCUGCCUUUGGCUUGGAUAUGUUUCAUCGACAAUCAAUCCCAUCAUCUACACCAUUUUCAAUAGAACCUUUCGAGCUGCAUUCCUGCGGUUACUUUGCUGCCAAUGUUCAAGGCGCGGACGCUGCACGCUGUAUCGGUCUGCCGCAGGAUCCGCACGCAGCGCUUCGCAGUUAUGCGCACAAUCUGCGUUGCCGUUGGCUAUAUCUCUCCGCCCCCCGAACUUGGAUGAAGUGAGAGUGCCAGAUUCCAUUGAGACUAUUAUGAUGGAACCAACAUUACCAAACGAUCGUCACUAUUAAUUACCUGGUGCCGUAGCCGAAUGGCAUUUCUGCGA